UAGCUAGCUAGCUGCAGCAGAGUUCUGGGUUAGACACUACGUAUUUGUGGCUUAUCAAUGACAGAAAUAUAAGACUCGUGAUGUUCAGUUUUGUCAGCAGCAGUCCCGUUUUGAAGGCUCUCGUUCUUCCUGACGUUACGUUCACCGGACGCAAGAUCGGAGCCGGCGCGUACAGCAGCAUCGAAGAAGUUGUGCUGUCGGGUGCCGUAUGUGCGGGCAAGACCUUCCACGUCACACUCCAGGACUUGUCGCAACUCUCGCGAGCCGAUGUAGAGAGUGCUACGCAUCAGUUUAUCGAGGAACUCCAAUUAAUGAGCACCCUCCGCCACCCGAACGUCGUCCAGUUUCUCGGCGUGUGUUUAGAACCCGACGGCAGUGCGCACCUUCCCGCGCUAGUGAUGGAGCGGCUGACGUGCAGCCUCCAUGAUCUGCUAGAAACUAACCCCUCGUAUCGAGCAAAACCACUCGUUCCCCUCCCUAUAAAGUGCUCCAUCCUCCAGAACGUUGCUAGCGGUUUGGCCUACCUUCACCACCGCUCGCCGCCUGUAAUCCACGGCAACCUGUCCGCACGGAAUAUCCUACUUGAUUCUGCAGGGAGAGCCAAGAUAGCUGAAGUCUGUGAAGCUCCAUUCAUCCAGAACAUGGGAACUGCAGCCACUAUAGCUAAAGCUUCACUCUACAUGCCUCCAGAGGCUUUCUGUUCGACACUCUCCUCCAAGGAAACGUCCAAGACAAAGUCUGUGUAUAGCACCAGUAUCGACAUAUUUUCUCUCGGGAUAAUUGCCAUUUUCACACUCGGAGAAGCCUUACCCUGUGAGCCACUUGAGCCUACAUACACCGACAAAGAGAGCGGUUUGGUGAAGUAUUGCACUGAACUUGAACGAAGGAGCCACUACUUGCACCCAAUAACAGACCUAUUAAACCAGGGGCACCCGCUACUCACGUUGAUUCAAAGCUGUCUUUGCAAUAACCCAUCAGAGCGACCGACCGUUGAUGUGGUGCUGGUUCUUACGGAGCGGGCAAAGAGCAUGUGUGCAGGGGGCGGAAUGAAUAAACUGGAGUUGAUAGCGUCUCUUCAGUCUCUACCAGGGAAUGAGGUGGCGGCUCUCCGGGCUAGGAACCAUGAGCUACAGCAAGAACUGGAGACCUGUCGUGCAGAGAAACUGAAACUGGAGGAGCAAAUAGUGAUGAAAGAGGCCCAACUAGCCACUGCCCCUGAAAGUCUAAGACAGGUAUCAUGUAUGGUAUAUACUACAAUGUAAUUCCAACAAGAUACAGCGGAGUUUGUCUACUGUGAACGACAUAAAUUCUAAAAAAAUCUCUAUGUAAGCCACAAAUAAUAGGUAGUACUAUACAGCACAGUGUGGUAUAUACACGUCUGUUGGUCUCCAAAAUUCAACAAUUUUAUUAUUCUGGUUGCAGGGUGGUAUCUUGAGUCAAAAGACAGGGAGAUCUCUAAGCUAAGGCCACAACUGCAGUCCUGUCUACUGGAGAAGAAGGCAUUACUACCAAGUCAGGAUGUUGAACGAACUUCCUCCCUUCCAGAGCACAGUGAUAACCACCAGUCUCUAUCCAGGGAGAACAAGAGAAGGGCUAUGGGUAGUCCAGGGGCACUGUCAACAGCAGGCACUUCUGUCACAAAAUCCACGAGCACUUCGGAGAAAACACUAAGAGUACAGUGCUACCACCAGAAGCCAAUCAAGCUCAAAUCUCCAACUCGUGGCUCUGCGGCCAUCGACGGAAACUUUGCUUACCUCGCUCCAUGUGACAGCAAUACGGUCUAUCGCUACAAUGCCAUCAACGGGGAAGGGACGGAGUUCCCUAAUAGCCUCUAUCAAAACUCUGCCGUAGUCACCAUAGGCGGUAGGGUAGUACUGAUCGGAGGAGCGAGUGAGGGUCACGUCACUAACAAAGUAUUGACCUUGCACUACAGUGGGGAAUGGGUGGAGGAGUACCCUCCUAUGGACUACGGACGCUCACAAUGUGCAGCAGUUUGCGUGAGAAACGGAAAACUAAGGAAACACGUGGUUGUGAUUGGUGGGAAAUCUGAACACGGUUCUCACAUGUAUGACAUUCAAUUUCUCAACACUGCCACAAAGUCCUGGUAUUCUCUAACCCCUCUACCGCAAUCUCCCCACAUUCCUUCUGCUACUCUAUGUGGAAAUACACUCUAUGUGAUUGGAAACGUUGGCAAGGCGUACUCUUCCUCCAUCCAAAGUCUAACAUCUUAUAAUGAUGACGAAUCUAAUCCGCCACCUGCUAGCCUAGUUUGGAAGGCCCUCCCUCCUCUCCCAGUGAUUCACGUUGCUGUUGCAUCACUCCGUGGACAGCUAGUGUUGAUAGGAGGCUGCAGAGCUGACGGAGCCAGUGUCAGCUCUGCAGUAUACCAGCUGGUGGGAGGAGUUGAGUGGAUUGAGAUUGGAUGUACACUUGUUCCUAGGAGGGGGAGUCUGACUGCUUGUCCGUCACCAGACAAGAUCAUUGUACUUGGAGGAGUAGGGGCUGGGAACACUGUGGAACUGUGCAAUGCCGACUAACUCGUUCAUUAGCUGAUGACACUCAUUCAUAUUGUGUAAUUUGCAGAAACCUUUGCUGGACAAUGCAUUACUUCCCCGGAUAGCGGAGAAUUCCAGAAAACGGACACUGUGUGCACCAAACAGCAUUUUCCAAUUGGCGUCCUCCUUCAACCUUUUCAGAAAUUUUGUAGUUCACAAUUCUGUGCUGUUCAAUGCUCUGUGCUUUACGUGCUGCUGCUGUAACUAUGAACUGUUUGCAC